AGAAAAGAGAACAAAGAAAUCAGAGAGUAUAAAAUCACUCGGCUAGUAAGCACUAAGUUGCAGUAAAGCUCGACAGACAAGCGCGUGCGUUCUCUCCGCCCUAGAGCUCGUGUAGUUGAAAGUGCUCCGCGCGCAGGUGGUGCUUGCAGCUCUGGUGCAGACCUCAGGAUGAUGCGAUGCGCUCAGCUCCUCGCAGCACUGUUAUACUGCUUAGUGUGCAUACAUUCUCUACCGGUGCCAGAAGGAAAAAACAGCCACAGGUACAAAGCUGCUGUGGACUGGUCUCAAAAGACCCAUCACCAUGGCCUGAAGAAAAGGGGGAGACUUCAUCAUGUUCAGGAUACUCUGAGUGAAGACUUUGGCAGUAAGAGAGUGCAGUCACACUUGUCUGUUCCCAAGAAUGGCACUGAGCUCUGGAACAGACCUCGCUGUGGAGUCCCAGACUACCCACUACAGAAGGGGGGGAGCGCCUUUCAUUACUCUUCCCACAAAGAAGGCUUGCUUGGGGGCCAUCAUCGACAAAAACGCUUUGUUUUGUUUGGAGGACGCUGGGACAAAACAGACCUCACCUACAAGAUCAUGCGCACCCCUUGGCAGAUGAGUUUAGAGAAAGUCAGACAUGUGCUGCGAGAGGCGCUGCAGGUCUGGAGUGACGUCACCCCUCUCACCUUUACUGAGGUCACCAGCAGCCGGGCGGAUAUCAUGAUCGAUUUCAACAGGUACUGGCAUGGAGACAAUCUUCCUUUCGAUGGCCCAGGAGGAAUUCUUGCCCAUGCCUUUUUCCCCCGAACGUAUAGGGAGGGAGAUAUUCACUUUGACUAUGAUGAGUCUUGGACGGUGGGCAACAGUAUGGGUACAGACCUCCUUCAAGUGGCUGCUCAUGAGUUUGGUCAUGUUUUAGGAUUGCAGCACUCCAUGGAACCAGGCGCAGUGAUGUCUCCUUUCUACACCUUCUCCUACCCGCUCCAACUGAGUGAGGAUGACAAGCGGGGCAUACAGUCCCUGUAUGGGUCAAAACACUCAGAUGAGAAAAUAGAGAAGGAGAGGCCACCUAAAGUCACAGAAACCAAUGAGGUUGAAAGCACAAUGCCUGAUGUUUGCCAAACAGACUUCGAUGCAGUAUCUAUGAUCCGAGGCGAGCUGUUUUUCUUCAAGUCGGGUUAUGUAUGGCGGAUCCGUAAUGGUAAACUCCAGGCUGGAUAUCCUGCUCUGGCAUCCAGGCACUGGAGAGGAAUCCCAGACAACAUUGAUGCUGCUUUUGAAGACAAGUCUGGAAAUAUCUGGCUCUUCCAAGGCCAGAGUUACUGGGUGUUUGACGCAGAGCGGCAGAUCACUGGCCCAGACUCAGUACAGCGGCUGGGUCUAACAGUGACUGACAUUCAGGCAGCCCUUAUGUGGGGAGAAGACAAGGCCCAGAAGAUCUACUUCUUCAAGUCAGGAAGCUACUGGCGUUUCAACCCGUUGGAAAACCGCGUAGACACAACCAACGCUCGCAGCAUGAGGGACUGGAGAGGCAUACCGAAUGACAUAGACGCUGCUUUCCAGGACUGUUAUGGAUUUGCCCACUUCUUAAAAGGAAAUCAGUACUGGAAGUUCGACCCAGUGGAAGUGCGGGUGCUAGAGGGAUAUCCGCGCUACAUCGGCAUGGAUUUCUUCGGUUGCUCUGCCUCCCUGUAUUGAUAAAUUUUGGGCUAGAUAUAAUUAAUCCUAAAUUCAUCACUGGGGUCUUUUUGACCACCUAGUAUCCUCCACACAGUUACACAUGAUCAAGGUGGUACUAAUUAGUGAGCUGCAAGAUUUUUCAGGUAGCGUGUCAGAUAUUGCAAUAUUUCCAGAUUUGACCACUGGAUCACUUUUCUGUCCUUUCAAGCAGGUACUGUGUAACUGCUCCAUCUAUAACUCAAGGUGCAAUUGCAUGUUUACUGUCCCCUAUAUUUUUGAAAGAAAACUGAAAUUAAUUGUUGCUGGAUGUUCUCUUCUGCAACAUAAUAAAUACACAAGGACUCCCCUCUCUCUCAGGAAAAGCAGGAAACUCUUGACCUUAAAAUACUUCUUUUUUUUUUUUUUUUUUCAUAUUGUGUACUUGAUUAUUUAUAAUGUGUAUAUUUUGUUGCCAGUAUUGAUAGAGUUUAGGAAAACAUAACAGCCAUUCUUCUUGAGAAGUACUGUAGCAUUUUGCCAUAAUAUAAAUAACAGUGAUUUUAGAUAAUUAAUGCCCAUGUUCCAAAUAUCAUUUUUAAAACAUUUUUAUUUGUGUCAGCAGUUUUAUCAUGGAAGCACGUUUGGUACAAAUAUAGGUGCUAAAACAUUUUUAGAAGAUAAAUAUAUACCUCGAACAUUACAGUUUUGCUCCCAAACAUUUAUAAUUAGCUGUUAGAGUCUUUCAAAUGACUACUGGCAACCAACAGUAAAGCGACUUGGGAACGCCCCUUUUGGUCUAACUUAAAUCUCAGCUCUAAUAUCUCAUGUUCACACAAUGCAAGUGAACGGUGACCAAAGCUUUGAAGCUCCAAAAAGCACAUAAAGACAGCAUAAAAUUAAUCCAUAAGACUCCAGUGGUUUAAUCAUUGCCUGCUUAAGCGAUCCAGUCAACUUUCGUUAAGAACAGACCAAAAUAUAACUCCUUUUUACAUUAUAUUUUUUACACUUGACAGCAGUCUCCUUGGCAAUCAUGAUUUCAAGCCCGAUUACACUUCCUAGCGUCAUCUAGCGCUCGGCGCAUGUGUCAAGUGAUAGGAAGUGUAAUCGAGCUUGAAAUCAUGAUCGUGCCUAGAGACCGCAAUUGCAAGAUGUACAGUGAAAAAGGAGUUAUAUUCUGGUCAGUUCUCAUCCAAAAUUGAUUGGAUCUUAUGGAGUCUUAUGGAUUACUUUUAUGCUGCCUUUAUGUGCUUUUUGGAGCUACAUAGUUCUAGUUACCAUUCACUUGCAUUGUAUGGACCUACAGAGCUGAGAUAUUCAUCUAAAAAUCUUUGUUGAUGUUCUGCAGAAGAAAGAAAGUCAAACUCAUCUAGGAUGGCAUGAGUAAAUGAUGAGGGAAUUUUCAUCUUGGGGUGAACUAUUUCUCCGAGUCUGGAAAAAAGACAUAAUGAUAAUGUAAAUGUUCCAGUGCAGGCCACUGAUGCUGUUGAUCCAGUCUCUUUUCAGAUUAUGUGUUAAAUAAUUACAAUACAACUUUCUGUAUAAUGGAGGUAAUGAGGUGUAAAAUCGUCAUAGUCUUCACAAAGCACUGGCAAUUAUUGCUUUUGAUCCAAGAAAAUUGUACACCUCUCAUCCACAUUCAUUAUAAUGUAUGUCAUGUAACCAAUUCUUUCUCAUGUUAUUGCUUUUAAUUAUGCAUUUACUGUGUAAAUACUUUAUAAAAAGAAUUGUAUUAUAUUUUCAGCUCCAAUAAAAUCGUC